CCCCGGCAUGAGGAGCGGGCGAUGAUCCCCGCCGCCGCCGCCGCCAGGAAGGGGCCCGAGGGCAAGUACCCGCUGCACUACCUGGUGUGGCACAACCGCCACCGCGAGCUGGAGAAGGAGGUCCGCGCGGGCCAGGUGGACAUCGAGCAACUGGAUCCCCGUGGGCGGACUCCCCUGCACCUGGCCACCACCCUGGGGCACCUCGAGUGUGCCCGAGUGCUCCUGGCACACGGUGCAGACGUGGGCAGGGAGAAUCGCAGCGGCUGGACAGUGCUUCAGGAAGCGGUGAGUACCCGGGACCUGGAGCUGGUACAGCUGGUGCUGCGGUACCGGGACUACCAGCGGGUGGUGAAGCGGCUGGCGGGCAUCCCCGUGCUCCUGGAGAAGCUACGCAAGGCCCAGGACUUCUACGUGGAGAUGAAGUGGGAAUUCACGAGCUGGGUGCCCCUGGUGUCCAAGAUCUGCCCUAGUGACACCUACAGAGUGUGGAAGAGCGGGCAGAACCUGCGGGUAGACACCACACUCCUGGGCUUCGACCAUAUGACGUGGCAGCGAGGGAACCGCAGCUUCGUCUUCAGGGGCCAAGAUACCAGUGCCGUGGUCAUGGAGAUCGACCACGACCGCCGGGUAGUGUACACGGAGACGCUGGCGCUGGCCGGGCAGGACCGCGAGCUGCUGCUGGCUGCGGCUCAGCCCACGGAGGAGCAGGUGCUGAGCCGGCUCACUGCGCCUGUUGUCACCACACAGCUUGACACCAAGAACAUCUCCUUUGAGAGGAACAAGACGGGCAUCCUGGGCUGGCGCAGCGAGAAGACUGAAGUGGUGAAUGGGUACGAAGCCAAGGUCUACGGGGCAUCCAAUGUGGAACUCAUCACCCGGACACGGACAGAGCAUCUUUCAGAACAGCACAAGGGCAAGGUCAAAGGUUGCAAGACACCGCUGCAGUCCUUCCUGGGAAUUGCUGAGCAGCACGGGGGCCCCCAAAAUGGGACCCUGAUCACCCAGACUCUGAGCCGAGCCAACCCCACUGCCAUCACCGCAGAAGAGUACUUCAACCCCAACUUCGAGCUUGGCAACCGUGACAUGGGCCGCCCCAUGGAACUGACCACCAAGACACAGAAGUUCAAGGCCAAGCUGUGGCUUUGUGAGGAGCAUCCCCUGUCCCUGUGUGAGCAGGUAGCUCCCAUCAUCGACCUCAUGGCUGUUAGCAAUGCGCUUUUCGCCAAGCUCCGGGACUUCAUUACCCUGCGCCUGCCUCCCGGCUUCCCUGUCAAGAUUGAAAUCCCGAUCUUCCACAUCCUCAACGCCCGCAUCACCUUCGGGAACCUCAACGGCUGCGACGAGCCCGUGCCUUCGGUGCGAGGCAGCCCCAGCAGCGAGACCCCUUCCCCUGGCAGCGACUCCUCCAGCGUCAGUAGCUCCAGUUCCACAACCUCCUGCCGUGGAUGCGAGAUCUCUCCCACCUUGUUCGAGGCCCCACGGGGCUACAGCGUGCUGGGUGGCCAGCGGGAGGCCGCGACCCACGACGAUGACGACGAUCUUCUGCAGUUUGCCAUCCAGCAGAGCCUGCUUGAGGCAGGCAGUGAGUAUGACCAGGUCACUAUCUGGGAGGCGCUAACCAACAGCAAGCCGGGCACUCACCCCAUGUCCUGCGAGGGUCGCCGACAGGACAGUUGCGCCCGGAGCCCUGGAUGUGUCGUCCUUGCCCACAGGAGCAACCCGCCCACCCCACAGCACCAGCCCGCCACCCCCACGGCGGUGCCCAGCCCUCAGCCCAGCCCGGGCCCUGGCAGCCACGUGUUCCGGAGCUAUGAUGAGCAGCUGCGGCUGGCCAUGGAGCUGUCGGCGCGGGAGCAGGAGGAGCGGAGGCGACGGGCACGCCAGGAGGAGGAGGAACUGGAGCGGAUCCUGAGGCUCUCACUGACCGAGCAGUAGUGCCACCGUCCGGCCUUCGGCCACGCCACGUGAGCCCCACCUGAGCGAGGUUCCCUGGCCCAGGCACAGGCGCUGUGGCUGGAGACCAGAGCCACCGCCUUGGGGGCGUAGGGAGGCACCAGGCACCAGACCAGGAGGGGGUCAGCAUGGCCAGGCCAGGAGGCAGCUGGCUGGGCCCGGUCCCCCUGCUUUGCUGUAACUGACCCUCACCCCUCUCCUCUGUCCAAGGGCAGAGCCAGGCGGUCCUGAGCGGGAGACCAGGCUAUCAUCCAGGGCUGAUAGCCUGCUCCUGGCUGGCCCUACUUCCUGCUCACUGACCCCACCCCCGGACACUGCCUGUGAAGCCUUUGCAUUUCCGCUCUUCACCCCUGGGGGCAGCUGAGCUCCCCAAGUGCUGUGUUGCUGCUUUGUUCCAGACGCAAACCAGCACGUCCAGGGCCCAGCCCCUCCCCCACUCCAGCAUUUCAGCGUCAAGUGCACUUAGCGGGGUGCCCAGCUCCCCCAGCCCCCACACCCCUCCCAGGUCUCAGGGUGGUCCCAGCUUCAAUUUGGGCAGCCAGAGGUUGGAGACCCCUUCCCCAAGACAUUUUUUUGUGAUCAGGGAGGGUGUCCAAGGUGGCCCCCCACACCUGGGCUCGCCUGGCUCCCACAUGCUGUUCUGGCAAAUGGGGGACAGAUUGGGCUGGGGGCAAGCUCUAGACCCUACACUAGGCUGGAUGCAGAGGGGCUGCCGAAGGCCCAGGCACCACCACCCACCCCGUCCCACCAGCUGCUGCUAGCCCUCCGUGGUUGUGCGCCCCACUUGCCCCCUCCCCGGGGCUGAUUCUAAAACCUUUCAUCCAAUGGUGCUAACCCCAGGCUCUCCCUGCCCACCCCACCCACCAAGAGAAGCACAGACCCUGCCAGGGGCAGGGGCCCAUGGCACACCCUGACCCAGGUUCUCUCUGACGGGCCUUCCGGGCUCCGCUGGGGAGGUUCAGAAGGGACACAAAAGGGAUGGAAGGAAAGAACAAAGAGAAACGGUUCCUCGUACCCCCUCCCUGAUGCCAGGGGCACCAGACUGAUUCUGAGGCACAAAUUAAAGAGGCUUCAAACCUGA